CAAAGCAAAAUCACAAAAACAAAAUAAACAACAACAGCAACAAUGUCGUCUUUGGGAGGAGGUGCAGGCAGCAAUAGCAUUCCAACAAUUUCAGCAGCCGUAUCAUCAUCGUCACUAGCCAGCAAGACGUCAGCGUCAAAUUCCAAUGAUGCCCUCAGCUCCUCGGGCAACAAACAGCUGUUGACCACCAUACAAAUUGUCCAGCAAAAAUUCAAAGAGAAUGAAAAUGUUUUGUCGAUAUUCGAGGCCUAUCAAAUUAUCGGCCAAGAACACACGAGCCGUAUCCUGUGUCUGGUAGUCUCAGUAGCUGGUGGUACAUAUGCUGUUUUCUCUAUGUCUGCGUCACGUCUACCACCGCGAUCUUGUAGCGAUUUGACAAUUGAUAAGGUGUUCCCUUUGAAUGAAUCAUUUUGUAUGGGAAAUGACCGCAAGGGUUCCAUAUCCCAGCUACAAUUUACAUUAAAAUGUUCUGAUGAGGCACCAGUAAAAUAUUUCUAUUAUCCUCUAUCAUCGGACAAUGAUGUUGUGGAUUUUGAUACAUUUCAAGCUCAGGUAACAUCGGCCAAAAUGUCGAUGGUUUUAACACCAAGCGAAUCAAAGGCAUUAAGCUUUGCAUGGGUCAAUGAUUAUCGGCAAAUUGGUGAAGUUAAACAGGAAAUGAAACGCAGAGAACAUGAAUACAUAAAAUAUAAGGAUUUCACAAUCUAUUGUGCCACCUACAAUGUGAACAAUAAAUCAUACAUUGACUCGCCCUUACAUUUAUGGUUGGCUGCUUGUGAGACACCACCAGAUAUUUAUGCCAUAGCUUUGCAGGAAUUGGAUACCUCGGCAAAGGCAAUAACAUUCAGUGAGAAUCGACCAGAUUAUAUGUGGAUUAUGAAAAUGUUGGAAAGUGUCCAUGACAAGGGUGAAUAUGAAGAACUGACAUCGGUACGUUUGGUGGGCAUGAUGUUGACCGUCAUUGUAAAACGAGAAAUUCGUUCAUCGAUUACCCGCCACAAUGUUAAGACAAUUGCCCGUGGCAUUCUCAAUACGCUGGGUAAUAAAGGUGGUGUUGCGGUUAGUUUGCAGCUAAAUGAGGCGAAUUUGUGUUUUGUUAAUUCCCAUUUGGCUGCUCAUAUGGGAUUUGUUGAGGCACGCAAUGAAGAUUAUCAUGGCAUUGUUAAGGGCCUGGUGUUUGAUGAUGAAUUAAGGCGAACCAUAAAUGAUCAUGAUCACAUUUUCUGGAUUGGUGAUUUAAACUAUCGCAUUGAAGAGCCACCCGGUUUGCAAUUACCCGUUGCACGUUCAACAACACAAUCAGCAGAAAUCCUUUUGCAAUAUGACCAACUGCGACAAGAAAUGCGUAAAGGUAAUUGUUUUGAAGGCUAUACCGAAGGUCCGAUUAAUUUCCGUCCUACAUAUAAAUAUGAUCCUGGCACCGAUAAUUAUGAUAGUAGUGAAAAGCAAAGGGCUCCCGCCUACUGUGAUCGUAUUUUAUGGAAGGGUUCACGCAUCACACAAUUGGCCUACAAUAGUGUUAUGGAUAUACGACAAAGUGAUCAUAAACCUGUAUAUGCGGUAUUUCGAGUUAGCAUAAAAACACGUGAUGACCAUUUGUACAAGAAGGUCCACGAAGAGGUUCUGAAGCUCUUGGAUAAACGUGAAAAUGAAAGUCAACCACAAAUUAAUGUCGAAAAGACAAUCAUUGAUUUUGGUAUUGUGCGUUUCAAUGAGACAGUGGUUAGUGAUUUUACGGUUUCAAAUGCCUGCCCAAUGCAGGUUGGUUUCGAAUUUAAACGCAAGGAUCCACCGCUCAAUGAUAUCUGCGAGAAAUGGUUGAGGGUAGAACCAUGGAAAGAGAAGUUGAUGAUAGAUUCCACCAAAAGUAUACGCGUAAGAUUAUUGGCAAAUGUCGAUUCCAUAACUAGUCUCUUACAUAAAAUCCGCACCACCAAUUGGAAAUUUGAUUUUGAUAUCUUAAUUUUACAAGUUGAAAAUGGUCCACAUAUCUUUAUAACCGUAACGGGUGAAUAUAAACCCAGUUGUUUUGGUUUAUCCAUGGAAACAUUGUGCCGUACCAAUCGUCCAUUGUGUGAAUAUGACCAGCAACAAAUUAAAGAUUUGAUGAACGACGAAUCUCCCGAAUAUCGCGUAACAAUGCCCCGUGAAUUCUUUUUACUUAUUGACUAUUUACAUAAGCAGGGACCAAAGGUGGAGGGUGCCUUCACCUUGGAUUCAUUACAAUUUAAACAUGCCCGAAAUGUCGAAUUUAACGAAGUCAGAGACUGGUUGGAUACAUGGUCGAAUAAUGAAUUUCCUGGUACACCACAAGCUGCGGCCGAAGCUCUACUUAUGCUACUACAUUUGCCCGAGAAACCAUUAUUGGAUCCUUAUGUUGAUGAUCUCCUGAAAACUAAAACCACCGCUGAAGCCAUGGAAUUAGUUUCGUUAUUAAGUUCACCCAAGCGAAAUGUUUUUGUACAUUUGUGUAUGUUCCUACGUGAGGGUAUCGAACGUAAAUAUUACAAUGCCAUGCAUGUGGCCACAAUAUUUGGUCGAGUACUACUGCGAAGCACUAAAAAGUCCGACGACUAUUAUCGUGAUAUUAAUUGUCGGGAGUUUAUGCAACGUUUUAUAAGUAAUGGUGAAAUGAGUACGCUAUCCUCGUCCUCGGCAGCAGGCAGCCACAGGGCCACAACACCAGUGGCUAAAAUGAAAAACUCGGCAUCAAAUGCUAGUCUAUCAAGUGGCACAGCAGCAACCGUGGAUUUAUCUUGA